UUUCGGAAACGCAAAAUGCGGGCGGUGGUUUACGUACUAUAUGUGAUUUUGUUCUUACUGUCGUUGUCGGCGAAUGCCGGCAGGAUUCUUAGCCUUUCGGUCGUACCUUUUCUUAGUCAUCAAUUAAUUCACCGUACGUUAAAUUUAGCCUUACACAAACGCGGGCACGAAUUGGUGAUCGUCACAACGGCUCCAUUAAAGGAUCCGACAUUAAAGAAUUACACAGAAAUUGACGUAUCGUACGGUUUUUCAAUAAUCACGGAGUACAACGACGCAAAAUGGAAAAUAUCGCAGAUGGAAUCGUGCAGACAGGUGUUUACAAUAACAACCGAGUUCAUGGGAACAAUUUGGGAUAAUCCUGAAUUCAAGAAGAUUUACAGACGCGACAGCGGCGAGAAAUUCGACGCGAUUAUGAUAGAACCGAUAAGCGACCUGUCGCUAUAUAGUAUGGCGCACAGAUUUAACGCUCCCCUCAUAGGACUCACGCCUAUGGGUUUUCAUAAUUUUCAACGAUAUAUCUUCGCUAGUCCUAUGCUUCCGUCACACCCGUCAAAUUGGGAAGUUAAUACGCUAGUCGAGGGAUACCCGUCGUUUUGGCAAAGACUGCAAAAUUUCAUCGACGUGUGGGGAUACCUGUAUGCCUGGUCACACCAUGUGGUCAUGGCACGGAAAAGGGUUGAGAAAUACUUUGGAAGUGACACGCCGGACCCCAUGGACAUAGCAAAAAAUAUGAGCAUCGUACUGGUCAAUGAAAACCCGCUAUUCGCGUAUGCCAGACCGGAGCAGCCAAAUGUGAUAUAUUUUUCCGGUUCUCAGAUACAGAAAACACCCCCAACGCUGCCAAAAGACUUGAGACGAUUCCUUGAUGACGCGACGAAAGGAUUUAUUUACGUAAGUCUUGGAACUACUGUCAGCUGUCACAACUUGCCAACAGAAAUUAUGGGCAAUUUCAUUGAAGUAUUUUCGAAAUUACCUUUUAAAAUAGUUUGGAAAUACGAGUGCGACGAAUUCCCAGGAAAGCUCGACAAUAUAUUUAUCUCAAAAUGGUUUCCGCAACAGGGCAUACUCGCUCAUCCCAAUAUCAGACUGUUUAUUUAUCAGGGUGGAUUGCAUAGUACUGAGGAAGCUGUCCAUUAUGCGGUCCCACUUUUAGGACUUCCCAUUAUGUUCGAACAGGCAAGUCGAAUUCAACGAUUGGCCUCAUUAGGGGCGGCGAUUUUUCUCAAAUUAAACGAAUUAAGCAAGGAACGCCUUAACACGGCCAUUCAUCAGAUUUUGAACGAUAAAAGCUAUAAAGAACGAAUGGCAUAUCUAAGCAAGCUGUCCAAGGAUCAACCGUACGACAGUUUUGAGAACGCCAUAUGGUGGAUAGAAUACGUAAUGCGUCACAAAGGGAUAAGUCACCUGCGAUUCAGCGAAAGCGACAAGCCAUGGUAUCAACGAUACGAUAUGGACAUCAUUGGAUUUCUUGCUGUUAUAGCAUUCAUCAUGUCCCUUAUUUUUCUUUACACUCUAUUUCGUAUUUUACGUUUUUGUUACGGCUAUUAUCACCUCCUCUAUAAGAAUGUUCAGUAUCCGAACACUAAAUUAAAGAUGCAAUAAUAUCUGCGUUUGUAAUCGUACUGGUCUGAUUAAACUGUUUUUGACAAAUGUGCUAUAUGUAUUACUUUAAAUCGUUUCAAAUCAUAUAGAAAUCUUGAAAUAAAUAUAAUAGCUUGAUGA